GCGGGUUCUUCGGGGACAGAAAACGCAAAGGCACUGCACAGCGCUGGCUGAAAGCGAGCGCGUUUCCAUGGUGACCAGCCGAGCGUCUUCUCCUCCAGUUGCGAUGAUGUCUGCUUGUGGAGACGACGAAUUUCGGCCCCGAUACACUUUCCACCACCUCCCUCAAAAAAGCUUUCCCUCCCUGGAAAGCCGGGAAACCCGGGACCGCCUGGUCAAAUGGUCCAUGGAUGGCAGAAUCACAGCACAGGCAUUCAGCUUUGAUCAGAAUUUCAAAAGCUAUCAACAGGAAGAUUUUCUUAUGGACUUCUUUAAUCACCCAGAUGUUAACAGCAAUUUAAAAAUGCUUUCAGCCUCUGGACAAUGGACUAUGUUAAAUACCAGUGUGAAGAAAGUUGAAGUGAAGAAUAUUCCAUGUACCAAAGUCUCCAUGUCAUUUUUUGACCGGUUGUACUGUGAAGGGGUUGUUCGAGAAAAUGGGUAUAUUGUCAAGUGUUUUGAUGAAUACUGUGAUGAGAUUCUAAUUGCUGAUGAGCUAAGAAAGGUACUUCUUUUGGAAGAUUCAGAUCACUAUGAUUUAUUUGGCCAACUGGAUCGUGAGGAGUUUCUCUUCUGCCUUUUUAAGCAUCUUUGCAUUGGAGGUGCUCUUUGUCAGUAUGAAGAGGAUGUUGGCCCAUACUUAGAAACAACAAAGGCUUUAUAUAAAGAUCUAGUGAGUGUUCAAAAGGAUCCUGAAACUAAAGAAAUUAAUAUAAUAUCUACUGUUUUUAAAGUUUCUGCCUACGGUGUUAAUGGCCUUUGUUAUCCAUCGUGCAGCAGCCAUGAUCAAACAUUUGCCUUCUUGGUUGUCAAUCAUCUGAAACGACAUGUCUAUGUCCUGUACCAUUCUUUUGGAUCAAGUUUCUUCUGCAACUGAGUGGUUUAAAAGGUGUUGAAUUAGGGAAGAACUUUUUAAAAUCUAGGUUUAUAGGAGUCUCAUUAUUGUCCCAAUAACACACGAGACUGUCAAUUUCAUACACUUACUAUUUGUAUUUUAUAAGCUUACUGUUUUUUAUCAAGCAUUAUUAUUUAAAUGUGUAUUCAGACCAGUAAUUAUAGAAAAGUUGCUCUGCUA